AGUUGAAAGCUUUUGUUCAGGCUCGGAAAAAUGACCCUUGAACGACUAAUCUGCCUUCUCCGCAGCUUUUGUCGGUUACGCCUUCACAGACGGCAAGUAUUUUACACUCUGGCCGACUCCUACGUCUGGGACGCACCAUCGUUUCUCCUCGCACUCAGAAAACUCGUGUUCCAAUGCAGCAACACAUCUCUUGCUGCUGCGUUUUGUGGUGCAGUGGAAAAUGUCGUUUGUGAAAUUGCGUCGAAGGAUGAGCAGCUUUUAGCGUGCUGGUUGAUUUGUGAAGCGCUCCGUUCUAGAGCCGAUAAACUAAUGGAGUUGCUACACGAUUGCAAACUGUUGAAACCUCAUUUGUGUUUUUUGCUGUCCUCACUUUAUUUAGGAAGGCCUGACACAGCGCCUGACGUAGCAAAUGCCGAUGCCCAAAAGCGUUCGCUUUCGACCAGCAAUGCUGAACUGUUGACGGGUUGCGGAGCGCUUGAAAGUAGCGGGUUUCGGGCGUCACCAAAAGCACUUGAACACGACCCCCAAACAACUGUGCAGCAUUCAGCAGCCAAAUUAUCGAAAGAUCGACUGGCGUCCAAGUCGAUGUCGUUUUUACUUCUACAGUCAAGAAUGACGGGGAAGUUGCUUAUUUUCUGCUCACAAAUGUCAAAAAAUCGAAAGCACGCGCGAGCCUGUUGUGUUCGGCAACUUGAUGACUGCACCAAUUACAUUCAACUACGGAAAGCAGUGGAGCUUUCACGCGUUAACAUAUUUUUUGUGCAGCGGUUUGCAAGCGACGCAGUAAAAGAUUUUUUAGCGCAGUGCAGCGUGUUCUGCGUUGAUCGGCUAGGACGUGAAGGUGUCGACCAGUCUAGUCGGAAUCUCGGUUGGCAGGUGUAUGAGAAUAGUAGCGAAUGGAUUUUCUCCGUGCAAGCGAAUUGCAAACAGGGAGCUGCGAAGUGCUGGAUAGACUCAAGGCAUACAAGGGCAGGUAUAUUGCUAUCAGUACACGUGAAAGUGGUCGAUCAAAAUCUCCCCAAAACACUGGAUGCUGUGACAAAGCAAUGUUGUUCUUCUGACAAUACUCGUUCUGUCAACGGUAAGCGAGUUCACUGUGCGAACGAUGUGGUGCUUGCAGAGCUACUCAGUACGUGGAAAACAACUUUUCUCUUUCAAUUUCACGUGGCACUUACUCUUUUUCUUGGAAAGAAGAAGUCACGGAAAAACUCACACACGCGUGUUUCUCGCAUAAUAGAUCAGCAAAUUUUGGAAAAUGUGCUGGAGGCAUUAUCCAUUAUGUGUCGAUGCCAGAUAUAA